AUGUAUGUAGACAAUUGUGUUGCAAGUGUGAACACUAUUGAAGAGUUAAAUUCUUUCAUUACGGUGUCUAAAGAAUUAAUGGCUUCAGCACAAUUUGACCUAAGGGGUUGGAAACAUAAUCGACCAGAUAGUGAUGAGGAAACCUCAAUUUUGAACUUGUCUGGAGAUAACUAUAAAGAAAUCGUUUCAGUAUUGGGCCUUAAAUGGAAUUUAUGCAGGGAUACUUUAUCUUGUGAGAUAAAUGAGGAAAAUCAACCCAUUCCGAGUAAACGAAAUGUAUUAUCUAUGUUAAGCCGAAUUUUUGACAAUAUUGGGUUUACAAGUCCUGUCACACUAGUUCCUAAAUUAAUCUUGCAGGAAUGUUGGAAGGAGAAAAUUAAUUGGGAUACAGUAGUUCCGCAUAAUCUGAGGAAUAAAUUUCUAAAGUGGGCUAAUGAAUUAAAAUAUCUUAAAGAAAUAGAAAUCCCUAGAAAAACACCUGAUCUAGAUGAAAAUUCUACUCUGCAUGUCUUUGUAGACGCGAGCAAAUCGGCUUACGCAGCUUCAAUUUUUAUUAGAAAUGUUAAAGGGGGAAUAGUUAACUGUCAACUCUUACAGGCUAGAUCCAAGGUAGCACCCCUAAAUUCGAUUACAAUUCCUAGACUUCUUGUGUGUACCAUUGGAGCCAGACUCGCUUACACUGUAAGAGAUGAUUUGAAUAUGAAGAAUGUACAAACCUUUUUCUACACUGACUCAAUGAACGCUUUAUACUGGAUUGAAAAGCAAGAUAACUGGGCCACUUUUGUUGCUAACAGGGUCAAUGAAAUUCGAAAACUUAUGGAUCCGGAGGCUUGGCGACAUAUUUAA